AUGACGCUGAAGUGGAAGCUUUCUCAACAGGAAUCAGAGCUUCUGACAGCCUUCAUCGAGCAAGUCAAAAAGAACGAGCCUGGCGUGCAAGUUUUCGAGCUGGACUUGGAUCGAAGCAAUAGCCAAUUCCUUACAUACGAAGUGUAUGUUAUGCUUUCAUUUGAGCCGUUCCUAUCUUCAAUACAUUACGUAGAAGUCAAGAAAAUGUCUCAGCUAAACACAAUCUCCAGAUAUGAUGAUCAAGCGGCUGUUGACGUCCAUUCGAAGACCAGCUACUUAGCUGAUCUACAAGCCGCCGAGGCGAAAGAGCAGCUCACACGCGCUGACAAUCAGCUAUUUCAUUUGGAGUUGAUAACAAGGUAUAUUCGUCAACCCGCUGAGUCGAGUGCUCCUGGCAUCCAUAGUAUAGAGACGUAG